AUGAAUCGAGGGUUAAAAGAUGAUGAUAUUGCCGAACUAUUAAAUGGAGACGUGUCAGACAUUGAAGAAUUCGAUGAAGGUGAAGAUAUUAAUUAUGAAAAUUUAGAUGAAAUAUUGUCAACAAUUCCUAAUGAACCUGAAGUUAACAGUAAUGUAGAACUUGGUAUUAAUGAAAACAUAGAUGAAGUUAUAUCAAAUGAUUUAGAAAUAUUAGAAAAUUGGGAAAAGGUAAAAGAAACUGCUUUUGCAUACUUAAUUUAUAGGUUAGGUCAGGUACCUUGGAAUAAUAUAGAAACUACAUGGAAAGGUGAUUUACCGAAUCCUCCUUAUAGUUUAUUGUCUCCAUUUGAAUAUUUCAAAAUAUUUGUCGAUAACAAUAUGAUUCGCCACAUAUCUGAGCAAACAAAUUUAUACUCAAUUGAAAAAUGUGGAAAAUGUGUAGCUACUUCACCAGAAGAAAUUGAACAAUUCUUAGGAAUCCAAAUGUACAUGAGUAUUAUAAAAAUGCCUUCGUACCGGAUGUUUUGGGCUAAACAGACUCGUUUUACAACAGUUUCUGAUGCCAUGUCCAGAAAUCGAUUUUAUUGUUUGAGAUCAAAUAUACAUUUUAAUGAUAACAUUGAAGAAUACACAGCUAUAGAUGAAAUAAUAAUUCCAUUUAAAGGGCGUUCAAUGAUGAAGCAAUAUAAUAAAAACAAACCCCAUAAAUGGGGUAUAAAAAUGUUUGCUCUUGCUUCGUCAAAUGGAUUAGUUCAUGACUUUGAAAUUUAUGUUGGAAAAGGUACUCUACCUCCAUCACAACAUGGACUUGGAAUUAGCGGAGAUGUAGUUAUGCGUUUAGUUGAUAGUAUUCCUAAGCAUCAAAAUUACAAAGUUUCUAUGGAUAAUUGGUUCAAUUCCCAUAGUUUACAAUGUAAAUUACAAUUUGCUGGAAUUUUGGGUAUAGGAACAGUGUGA